GAAGAAGUACACCGGGUAAGAAUACAAGGAGGAAAGCGGCGAACUGUGAAGAGUUCAGGAAUCAGUGAAGGAAACCUUCGGGGGAAAGUAGCCGGGAAAUCACGAGAGUGGAGGAGAAACGGGAGGAAAUCUGGCGGAGGAGCCGCGAACAGGAAGAUGUCUGCCGGCUAGAACAGAAAGGUGCGGGGCGACGCUGUCCGAGUCAGUGACAGACAUGGAGGAUGGAAUCCUGGAAGGCGGGGCCUGUAGGGCUUGGUCGUCGUCCAAUGCCCUUGACACUCAGCAUAAGGAAACUGUCGACCAUCGAGAGACCAUGCAAGAAGCUGGCAAUGUAAUGUGCUCAUAGGACCUGGACAGAAGGGCUGUGUAGACAAUUUAAAGGCGAAUUAUUAUUUUGAAUGCCUGAUAUCCCACCGAUUCCCACGAUCGAGCAAGAAAGACCGAAAAAGAUCCGACCCGCAGCUAAAGAUCAGGGGAUUGUAGACCACUAAACGAAUAUGCUCAGCGCUUUUUCUCACCAAUGCGUGCUUUGUCUGCUAUUUAUAAGGCUUCCAUGGAAGAAGGCCACGACAGGUGUCCAGACGCUAGAUGGCUUCCAGAAGGUGGCCGCUUAUUUGCAGAGAAGAGUAUGGCAGGUCCACUGCACAGGAUGCGAAUGGUUCACGCCUGGAAUUGUGUGCGGAUGCGUGGGGUUUGUUCCGAGGAAGGGACGUACGUGUUGGUUCUUGAAUGCCUGCCAGCUUUGAUAUUAGCUAGGAGAAGCCGGGUAUGAGGAGGACGACCGCCCCCACAGGGAGGAGUAUGACUUCGAAAAGCGUAUAAUAAACCGAGAUGUGCAAAUUGAGGGAGGAAGAGGAGAGGGAAGAGGAGACAAAGGCUCAAUGACAAACCUAUAAACCUCGAGGGGACACCAAAGCACAUGUGCAUAAGUUCUCAGGUGGUCAAUCGCUACCCUCGCCACAGCUUUGGAUAGUUGGCGAGUGGAGCGUUCCUGUUAUUGUCUUUACAUAAUAUCAUCGAGACUGAUCUUGUCGACAUCGAAAGCCAGAAAGCUCCAAUGCAUGUAUAACUAGAUACAGUAUUACGAAUUUCCUUGCUAUCGUUCUGCAAGGUGUUCGUUCAUUGGGCUCUUUCAUGUAGGAAAUCAGCGUGGCGAGAACUCUUCGUUCGGAGGGUACGAGUUGAGAGUAUUAGAUCAGGUUCAGCAGGAUAAGACUGCAGAACUACAUGGUUCAUAUUUUCGUUCUGAAGGGGGAAUUAUGUCAAGGAUUGAAAUUGGCAGAUCGGACGGUUCGAUCAACGAGAUUUCUCAUCUGGAUUCAGAGAUUUGUGUACGAGAGAGGUGUGUUCUAGCUGUUGGAAUUUGCAGAUGAUUCUCAAUGAUUCGGCAGGUUGGCGAUGACGGCAGUCCAAGCAGCUCAGACUGCCAGUUAGCGCUCCACAUCUCUCUGAAAAUCCAACUCAACGAGUACGGCUUAAAUUGUGGUUAGAUUGGACUUAUCUUUGCCGUAAGGAUGGCACCCUGGUGGUGGAAGGAUGUGAGGAUGCGGAGCUUGGUGCUCGUGUGCUUGGCUUCCAUACUGGAGAGAGCAGAUGAGGCUCUUUUACCCUCUGUUUACAGAGAGAUAGGUAUAGCACUCAAUGCAAGCCCAUCUGCGCUGGGUAGCCUCACACUUGUUAGAUCCCUAAUGCAGGCUUUGUGCGCACCAUUAGCGGGUUUUUUAGCCCAACAUUACAACAGGGCAAGCAUAAUUGCUGGUGGAGCUGUCAUGUGGGCUGUUGCCACUUUCUUUGUCGGAAUUUCAGAAACCUUUUCCGAGGUGGCUCUAUCCAGGGCACUGAAUGGAAUAGGUCUAGCGGUAGUGGUCCCUUCUAUACAGUCAAUGGUAGCAGAUGCAACAGACGAAACAAACCGAGGCAAAGGUUUUGGUUGGCUCAUGGUGGCUGGAAACGUUGGAUCUAUGCUGGGUGGUUUUUUUGCUGUUCUCAUGGCGAGCACAGAAAUUUUAGGCAUUGACGGAUGGAGGAUGGCAUUCCAUUUAGUGGCCUUCUUGAGUAUGAUAGUUGCAGGUCUUGUGUACUCAUAUGCAGUCGACCCUCAAUUCUCCGGAACUCUUGUCUCCAAGGCAUUCAAAGAUCGAACUUUUAUGGACAACUUGAAGGAGAUAUGGCUCGAUACAAAAAGCGUGUUACAUGUGAAAUCCUUCCAAGUGUUCGUAGCACAAGGCGUUGCUGGGUCAUUUCCUUGGGCUGCACUUGCAUUUGCCCCUAUGUGGUUGGAGCUUGUAGGAUUUUCCCACACAAUGACUGCUGCUCUCAUGGGCUGCUUUGUUGUGGCUUGUUCUAUUGGAGCUCUUUUUGGUGGUUGGGCUGGAGAUCGUUUGUCCAUCAGACUUCCUAAUACAGGUCGAAUUAUGCUCUCACAAAUCAGUGCUGGUCUAGGGGUUCCCCUUGGAGCAGUCCUGCUUCUUCUCCUUCCUUCGGAUCCUUCGACACCAGUAGUUCAUGGAUUGGCCUUCUUCAUUAUGGGACUAUGCAUAUCUUGGAAUGGUUCUGCUACUAAUGGGCCUAUUUUUGCGGAGAUUGUUCCGGAAAAGUCCAGAACGAAUGUGUAUGCGUUGGAUAGAGCUUUUGAGACAGUUCUUGCAUCGUUUGCCCCUCCCAUAGUUGGCCUGCUCGCCGAAAAUUUGUAUGGUUAUGUUCCACCUCCAUCAGGUGAUGGUAGAUUAGCUACUGACAGGUCGAAUGCCGUAGCGUUGGCCAAAGCACUUUAUACGUCAACCGGCAUACCAUUUGUUUUGUGUUCUUCUAUCUACACACUUCUUUACUGGACGUAUCCUGAUGAUCGUGACAGAGUUCGUGAGUCGAACAUGCAAUUCCAAUCAGAUACCCACAUCCGACUGGAUGUUUUCAAUUCCAAAGAUUCACAGCAUCAGCCACUAGAAGAUGUGGAGGAUGUAGAAGAUGAGCAGAGGAAGCAUGAUAGUGACAACGUUUCAAGGGACGUUGCAGGUGAGACUGUUCGAAUGCUGCCUAAGGAUGAUCAGCUUUGAAGAUUAUUUAAGUGAACUUUGAAGUGUUGGCAUCCGUUUUCAGCUGGUGUAUCUUCGAGGGCUUGUUUGACUUCUGUACAUUGAAUCCGCCAUUUUUUUUUGUAAAGUACUGAAUUUUUGGCCAUUUUACGAAAGAGACUUUUUGCAUCUCUUUCGGAGUCAAUUUGAACAGGAGUGAGGAGUAAACAAGUGCCUUAUGUAAAUGAGGUCUUGUUUGUCGAUGUCAGUCAUUCUCUGCUUUGAAGAGCAAGAUCUGUUUACAAAUCAAUCAGAAACUACGAGCAGAAAGAGAGGGUGUUGAGCCUUGAUGAAAGGAAGCAGAUAGUGUAUAAAAUAAAGGUCCUCAAGUUCUAUCUAUUGAAUCUUAAUUAUCAGCCCCUUCUCUUUUGAGUCUUGCAAGGAUAGAUGUUCAGAAAAUUAUAUCUGACGUUUUGAUAGGUGCCUUUUUCAUCAAAGGCUAAAUCUCGUGCGGUUGUGGAUGCAACCAAGCCAUGACAUAGGGCAACAAAUCCCAUGUCAUAGAGAAUGAUCUAUAGGGACUUCAACAGUAGUCUAAACAACAGGCAGACUGAUUAUUGUGAAAAUGAUUUUAGGCAAGAACAUACCACCCACUGGAGUCCCCAUUCACCUCUUGUAUGUGGUGGCCACUCCUUAGAUGCAUCGGACUGUACUGGUUAAGUACAAUCGACAAUGGUAAAGAGAGGAAAAUGUUAGGAUCUAAACUCCUGGAUGUACAUAAUUUAUAGAAUCUGUGCAAACUGCUGUGGAUGUACAGCGGGUCAGAAGUCUCAUAGAUCUUGAAAUGUACCUGUCGUAUUGUGGAUGUUCUCCUGAAUGUGUUACUUCAGGUUAAGUUACGACCCUUCUAUUUUUUGUGAGCACAUGUCUUUCUAGCGCUUAAUGCGUAAACUCUGUAUCUUAGUCACUCAAACCGAUAUGAUGCAGAAUGGGGAUAAUUAGUGUUGGAAAACACAAGAACAUUAUUGAAGGAGAGAGGCUUUAGGUUAUUCAGAAAAUGUUUAGCACUUAGCACUAACAGAACUUAAUAUUUUUUUGAAUUUAAGUGUCUUCAAUAUCUAAAACUACUGGUUUGUUGUGUGUUCCUAUCAUUCACGAGAUUGUUGAUAACGGUUUGCAUUGAAUGUGGCUGCGUGUAUGGAGUAUACGAUUGGUGAAGCAUAUGGACGAUUAAGAUUAUACAGAGUUCAUGAGCUUAGAGAUAAUGAGGUUGGCAUUCGACUUGGCGUGCUUUAGGCUAUUGCGUCAAUAUAAAUAUUUAUCAGGUACAGGAACUUUGUUUGA